AUGAAAGGUCCUCAGUGGCUUACACAACGUGAACUCUCUUUCAAAAGGACCGGCAUUAUCAAUAUAACAGGUGUUAAUGUCGAUUCUCUUGCACCAAUUGGCUCCCGUAGCCACUUAAAAGAACUUAAUAUGUCAAGAUCAAAAUUAGAAUCAAUAGAAACUCUCCGCAAACAACCAUCCAUUCAAAAAUUUAUUGCAGAUAACUCACAAAUCAAUACAUGGAAGAAUUUCAAAGCGAUUUCAAAUGCAACUUGCAUUUCACUUAAAAAUACUCCAUUAUCCCAGCCAAAAUACUUCCCAGUAGCUGCUAGAGUUUUAUUCGGCGACAAUCUCAAAGUUCUUAAUGGAAAAGCCAUUUCAAACGUUACAAUUGAGAGAGCAAAGACGUAUCCAGCCUUUGUAUCAGAUCUUCUUAAUGCAGGAUGGGAGUUUGUAUUUCCAUGCCCCGAUAUUGAUACGCUCAAAGCUGCUUGCGAGCAAUAUAAUAUUGAAUGUGAGGAAGAAGAGGUAAUAGAAGCUCAGAAUUCAGUAUCCGAACGAGAAAUUAGUAAUAUAUCAGAGGUUGGAGCUGAUGAACACUACAUGGACGUUUUAUGCUCACUUUUGGUCGAUCAUUCACAUAAUCUUGACGAAUACGAAGCAAAGUUCGACCUUCUCGUAGGAAGAUAUGCUCUUGCAGGUGGAAGCGAAUUAUUCCAGAUUCAGUUGAAGCAAUUACUGCAAAAAUACAGUUUCGAUUUUGAUGAAGAGUCUCCGCUUGAUCAACAGCUAGAAAAUGCUGUUAGAUCAUUGUGCUCUUUACCAGAAGAAUCAAAUUAA